AAAAGACUGCCAGCGCACCAUACAUUUAAAGCAGAUUUAACAUAAAAAAGAAUCACGGGAACUAUAGUUUACUCCAGAGGUACAAUUGACAGAAUUCUUUGGGGGAGGGGAAAUGUGCGUUCAAUGCGCUUGCAGCUAGACGGGUAACUAAUUCGCAUUAAAUCGGCAUGCAGAGUAAUGACUUCUAGGCUUUACAGCGGUAUAGAUGUCAGUCGUCUGCUGCAGCAAUGCUCUUCCAGAGAGAGAGAGAAGUAAUACGUAGAGACUGCCAUAGCAAAAAUGAUACGCUGUGAGCAGGAUUCGAACCUACGCAGGGAGUCCCCAUUGGAUUUCAAGUCCAACGCCUUAACCACUCGGCCAUCACAGCUUCGUCAAAUCGAUGAUAUUGCCAUAUCUAAAAGCCAGGAUUUCAUUACCUUUCUGGUGCUGGGAGAGAGAAUGCCUUUGGUUAGUGGAUUGGUUCCCUCUCGAUUCCUGACCCUCACGGCCCAUUUGGUCAUCGUCAUCACCAUCUUCUGGUCCAGGGAGAACAAUGUCCGAGCUUCCUUACCUCUCCAGUGCACCCAGGAAGAGUAUGAGAACCAAGACACAGAGAUGGUGGUUGCUCUGUCGGUAACCCUCGGCCUGUUUGCGGUGGAGUUGGCUGGCUUCCUCUCUGGAGUGUCCAUGUUCAACAAUGCGCAAAGCCUCCUUUCGUUGGCUGCCCACUGCAGCGCCUCCAUCUGCCUCUCCUGUUUCGUCUUUGAACGCUGGGAGACGGUUACUUACUGGUACAUCAUGGGCUUCUGCAGUGCCUUGCCUGCUGCUGUUGAGGUCUUACUUUUCAUCUCCGUCUUUGGGUUGAAGAAGAAGCCCCUGUGAGGAAUUUGGCACAAGAGGUGGGAGGGUGGCCCCUGAAGAGGCGUUUGCUGGGACGGCUCCAGAGGCCAUCAUAAAACCGUAAGAGCAGAGUCAUGCCGCACUUUAAUGGAAAACCGAGUCUGAGUACAGCUGGAGAGAGGGAGUACGAGGAACAUUUAAAGGGAAUUCUCUUGCGUGCUCUGCCCCCCCAGUACACAGAUGCCUUCUGCUCUGUGUGCUGUCGCCCUCCAGUGGGACACUUUUGGUAAUUGCACCCUCUCACUGCACAACCAGCACAUUUAACCCACACAUUUCUUGGCCACCUAUCAUGCAUUUGCAGUGCCAAAAUCUCCCCUCAGAAGCAAUGGAGAAGAUGUGGCCUGUAGUCUGUCCGUGGGCAUCCCUGCAAAAGGACAGUGAUGGAGAACUGCUUCAUGGGAGGUUGGGUGGCGGUGGAGUGGAAGUGUUUCUUUUGGUGUGAAUGUGUAUAUUCUAUUCUGGACAGGUGAUUGUAGUUAGAUAAUGCCAUAUGAAAAUCAGCUCACUUUUUUUACCUUAAUAAAACAACAUCCUUCUUAUAAAUGUGCCGAGGGUCUUGCUGUGUA